AAGUGCAACCAUGCAUAAGUGUGAUUAGAAGUGCUAUCUGUCAAGUUCUGGCAUGCGCUGUUUUAUUUAUGACAUCUGUCAUUGUUUGUUUUGAUUUUUCAUAGCUGUUCGUUUUCCGUCGAUUUUGUGGAAAUUGAUUAUUUACAAUAGGAACAUGGCCAACGUAAUCCUACAGAAUGUUGAAAAUAAAAGAGCUAGCACGAAUACUAAGUAUCAUUGCCUUUAUGGCUACUAUUCCCUCGGGCUAACAAGAGCCAGGCUUGCAAUUGUAUACCGUAAGAGCAAAACAACAAUCAGCGGCUGGAUAACAUCCUACGAGGAGAAUGGACUACUUUCCUCUAAGCAGCGGGAGCAAGUAUUCCGGAAAUUCAGUACACGACAAAGGCAAUGGAUUUUGGACCUCUACCAUCAGAACCCGAUUCUCUACCUUGAGGAAUGUCGAGAUCUUUUCUACCAACGAUUCCAGAUCAAGAUUAGUGGAUCAUCUAUCUGCAGAAUUUUUCAUGCUGAAGGAUUGACGUGGAAGGCUUUGGAACGAAGGGCCAUCCAAAUCAAAGAGCAUGAAAUUCUCCGUUACUGCUCAGAACUAAGUUCUUUUGAUUGGGAUACGUAUCAACUAGUAUUUCUAGACGAAGUGUCGUUGGAUAACAGAAGCAUCUUGAGGGAUCGUGGCUACGGGAUCAAGGGGAAACGACUCGUUUUCCGGGGUGAAUUUGUGCGUCGUCCCAGGGCAUCAUUCUUAUGUUUUCUGGGUUUGCAUGGUGUGUUGGACUGCUUUGAAACAGAGGGAACAUUCACCCGGAAGAUAUUUUUUGAAUGUCGUGAAUUUGCCCUAAAGAACAACAAAGUACUUCAAUACCCAGGAAAGAACUCUGUAUGGAUACCUCCUUACUGUCCCUUUUUCAAUCCGGUGGAAAUGAUAUUCGGCAUGAUGAAAUCACGAAUUAGGAAAGUAUACGUAGAAAAUCGAAACGAAAACCUGUCCCAUUUGGCUCUGGAAACAUUUAUGGGGUUGGAAAACUAUGAUUGUACCAAAAUUUAUCAUCACUGUGGAUAUUCAUCGGGUGGAGUCUUUAACCCUUCAGUUGGGUUGUCGCAAAAUGCUGGGCAGCCAAAUUAUGCUAAAGGAGAGUGA